UAAUGGUAGAGGCCGGCGGUAUUUCCAAAAAAAAUGUGCAUUUAUUUACAAAAAAGUAGCGCUACAAAGAUCGAUUUUUAUCUCAACAACAAAGCAAGCUAUUGACAUGGUCCAAGCGACAAAACUGAUCAGAAAAAUCGCACGCAGACGGCCAGCGAAAAAAUCAAGCGAUUUGGUGAACUACCGCUCCUUGACACAUCCGAAAUCAUGGCAUACACUGGUGCAAGAAAAUCGACGAUUGAAAGGGUUGCGCGAUGCCAUAAGUUCACUGGGAAGCCGUGCUACAUGCAUGGCCAUUUGUCCCGCAGCUGUGAUAUGUAUCUAGAUGAACUCCAUGAUGAGAUUAGCCAGGCUCGCGGGAAACACCUGUCAUUGUCCACAAUCUGGCGAACACUUCAUCGCACGGGCUAUUCAAGGAAGAAAGUUAGUGUCUUGACGCUACAGCUGCUCUGACGUCUGGGACAGACCUGGAUCCACCUGGCACUGUGGCCGCUGACAAAGUGCUGGACUUUUUUGGUGGAAUGGGCUGUGGCCGUGGUUUAGUCUUUGAGACGACUUCCUGGCUUGGAGGAUGUUCUGCCUGUGUACCACUGGGGGGCUGUAAUUGCUUUUUCAGAGGACAACUGCAUUUCCGAGGCUCCUUGACCUUGCGCACUCGGGUAGAAGCCUUUGCCAUCCUGCGAGACAAUGUAGCAGACCGGGAAAAGUGAGAUGUGUGUGAAUUUAGUUUUGAUGCUAGCGGACAUGAGGCAAGUGUCCAUUUCACCAAAUCAUUCCAUCCUUUCUACAGUCUUCUGCGCCUCAUUUUUCUGAUCAAGUUUGUAUCUUACCACUUGUCAUUAUCUUGCUUCGUUACUGAAAUAAAAAUCAAUCUUUGUAGUUCUACUGGCUCUGAGAGCAGGUGACUACGAGCUUCACCGAA